UUUUAAUUUAAUUGUUUCAGGGAUUUCGUUUGUCCUUAUUGUAGGAAAUCUUUUAGUACGAAAUUCAAUAGGGAUCGACAUAUGAAAGCAAGGACAAAUGGCAGAUGCCCUCGUCACAAUUUUGGUGUAAUGGUUGAUGGGGUCAGAACUUAUCUUUGCACAGCUCCAGAUUGCGAGGAAGUCUUCACGACAGUUCAGGAGAGAUGCAGCCAUGAAGUUCGUCGACACACUGCUUCCGAAAGUACUCGAGACCAGCAACCCUUGUACACGUGGAAAUGUGAACAAUGCGAGGUCUUCUUUGUUAGUAAGAAAUGUCUUGAUGAUCACAUGGCAAACCAUGCUGAAAAACCCGAGUUUGAAGCUCGCGAUAAGCAAAUACAAAGAACUGCUGUACUUCAAGACGACGGACAAUGAGGUACAAGUGCGAGCUGUGUUCAAAAAGUUUCCCCUCCGCCUCGAAACUAAAUCGUCAUGACGGAUACCGUCAUGCGUUGGUACCAUUAUUGAAACCUCUUAGACGGGGGUUCAAGGAAAGACGAUCUCCUUUAAUUCCUGGCAACGGGUUCAUCAUCAGAGACCUUCUUCCCAGGGAUCUGGGUCAUCCAACUUCAGAACAAGAACAGGAGUGGAUCUUUGAGUGGUUAACCGUUCGAAUGAGAAAAUCAGUUGACGUAUAUGCUGCUAAUGGUUCAUGUGUGUAUGUAGCGGGAGUUCUGGGUCCCAAGUACCACAGGGGCCAGGACAUUCUCAACUUCAUUACAGAAAACCCCGAGGAACUUAGCCUGUACUUCGGCCGAGAUAUGGGCAGCAUCUCUGUGGAUGUUCAUCCUCAUCAUCGUGAUAUGGAUAUAGACUCCCCCCUUCGACAGCCCCACCCCAACCGUCAUGACCAGUUCCUGGACGUUGUCUUUUUCGGACGUCGAUAUGUGGAAGGAAACUUUCAAGAGCGAAUGAAACUAGUUCGUCAAUUGGAAGCCAAGUACAUUGAAAUGGCUUUAACGGAUGCGGAGUUUGAACCAGUCCCUGGCGUCCCCCAGUACAAGGUUCUUAACCAAAGGAGAGAACGUCAAGAGAUGGUGGAAGUAGGCGAUGAUAAGAUCCGACAGGUUAUCAGGCGCGGGGUAAAGGGAGUGACAUUUCUGUGUCUCAAACAAGGAUGUGUUGAUCCAAACUGUAAUGCAUACAUACACCCUGACUGGAAGAGUGACCUGACGAUCGAUUUGACAAGACGUCGACGAGGCAUGGAAGAGGAGGAUGACGAUCGCCCAGGUACUGGCUCAUCCGCAGAUGUUGACAGCGAGGAAGAUGAAGAAGAAAUGGAUAUCGAUGAGUCAGGAUCUGAGGACGACGACGACGAUGAAGACAUGGAUACAGAUUCCUCUGAAGACCACGAAUGGAGUGACAAAAGUCAACCAGAACCUGGCGUCGUUAGUGUCAAAAUCCCUCGCCCCAUAAACCCACACGACAUUAUCUUGGAGGUGGAUCGACGAUUCCAAGAGUUUAAAGAGAAGACCGCAACCUAUGAUCCGACUCACACGGUCUACACUGUGAUAACAACCAGCAAUGACGAGUUUGAUGCUACCAAGAGUGGACGCCGAAUGUGUCGAGAGGUCAUCAAGAGACAGGACGAAUCCCAGAAGAUUGGGUGCUAUACUGGGGCAAACAGCAAAGAGCAGGAGGCUGACUACCAUAAUGGACACCCACAUAGUAGCAUAAACAAGUCCAUCAGAACCAACCGCACUGCAAUCCGCAUAUCCACAACGAACUUUCCAACCAGGACCCUGGCGAGAAAGGAGGAGGCCCUUCGUUUGUUGCAUGGGUUCCUACAUAUGCGCUUCCGAGCUAAAGGGAUCAGUUUUGAUAUACUAAACCAUCACAUGGAGUGGCAAUGGCUUUCGUUGUGCUCGGAGGAGGAAAUCAAAAGAUCAAUCCGGUUGGCGUGGCUGGGGAUUCCGCCUGUUGUGUUUGAGGAGUUAUCGGAAGACCUCAAGUUUGAACACGGACACUAUCCAGUGAACUUGAGUCGCCAGGUCCUGGACGGAGAAAUAAAGAAAAUUGAAUAACCGCUGCUAUUAAAAAUUUUAAUGAAUUACUUACUAAUCUUACCUUCAUUAUUGGUUUCGGUACUCUUGCGUGAUUUUGACUGCAAUAGAUAUGAUAUUAUAGAUAUAGAUAUUAAACCAUAACGAUAAAUUAUUUGAACUAAAUCGUUUCUG